AUCCGCGGCGGAAGCGGCAGCUCGUCUCUUCCGGUCCCGGUCCAAGAUGAACGCGCCUCCCGCCUUCGAGUCUUUCCUUUUGUUCGAAGGAGAGAAAAAAAUCAGCAUCAGCAAAGACACGAAAGUCCCGAACGCGUGUCUCUUCACCCUGAACAAGGAGGACCACACCCUGGGCAACAUCAUCCGAGCGCAGUUGCUGAAGGAUCCUCAGGUUCUAUUUGCUGGUUAUAAAGUUCCUCAUCCUCUGGAGCACAAGAUCGUGAUCCGAGUCCAGACCACACCGGACUACAGCCCCCAGACCUGCUCCAUGAUGUUCAUGUCUGGUGACUGGACUGGUCAGUCCUGCAGCACCUUGAUCUUCUUCACCUUGACAAACUUUGAUGUAGAGAUAGAAGUUAUUGAUAUUUACCUUCCACCCUGCAAAUGUCUCACACCCCCAGACUGGAUGGAACCACAGACCAGGAUUUUUCCACCACCAAACUUAACUGUUUUCUGGGUGAAUCUUGGAUCCAUGUGGCUCCAGUUGGUCUCCUGCAAUAUUUGCGGCGGCUGUGAUGUAAUUCAACCGAGGAUUCAUCUGAGAAAUCCACCUUCUGCCACUUUUCCAGUGUCCAUCCUUUUAUCAGGCUGUGGGCCUUGGCAAAUGCCACACGGUUUUUUAAUUGUCUUUUGUUUAGUGCUGGUUUCUGUGCACUGAUUCGACCAUGGAGGC